AUGGCCCCCUCAACACAAAAACAGCUGGUCAUCACCGGCUCCACCAAGGCCUUUGAUGACCUCAAGCUCGAGGCCAGCGCCCCCGUCCCCAAGCCCGGCGAGAACGAGGUCCUGGUCAAGCUGCACGGGGCCUCGCUCAACUACCGCGACCUGAUCAUCCCCCGCGGCCAGUACCCAUUCCCGCUCGACCUGCCCGUGGUGGCCGGGUCCGACGGCGCCGGUGAGGUCAUCGAGGUGGGCAGCAAGGUCAAGGAGUUCAAGGUGGGCGACCGGGUGGUGACGCUCUUCAACCAGGGCCACCAGUUCGGGCCCGUGACGCUCUCCUCGGCGGCCACUGGUCUCGGCGGCGUCCUGGACGGCACGCUGAGGCAGUACGGCGUGUUCGCCGAGACGGGCCUGGUGCGGGCGCCCGAGAACCUCGACUUUGUCGAGUCGGCGUCGCUCACGUGCGCGGGCCUGACCAGCUGGAACGCCCUGUACGGCUGCAAGCCCGUCAAGCCGGGCGACGUGGUGCUGGUGCAGGGCACGGGCGGCGUGUCGCUGUUUGCGCUGCAGUUCGCCAAGGCGGCCGGCUGCACCGUCAUCGCCACGUCCAGCUCGCAGGACAAGCUGGGCCUGCUCAAGAAGCUGGGCGCCGACCACGUCAUCAACUACAACGAGGACAAGAACUGGGGCGAGACGGCCCGCAAGCUGACCAAGGGCGGCGAGGGCGUCGACAACAUCAUCGAGGUCGGCGGGCUCGGCACCUUUGAGCAGUCGCUCAAGGCCAUCAAGUACGAGGGUAUCAUCUCCGUCAUUGGCUUCCUGGGCGGUGCCGCCGGCGACAAGAUGCCCAGUGUCAUUUCCAGUUUGAGCAACAUCUGCACCAUCAGGGGAACCUACGUCGGCCCCAGGAGCAUGAUGGAGGACAUGAUUCGCGCCAUCGAGGUCAACAACAUCCACCCCGUCAUGGACAAGACCGUCUUCUCGCUCGACCAGAUCAAGGAGGCCUACGAGUACAUGUGGAACAAGAAGCACAUUGGCAAGAUGUCCAUCAAGAUUGACUGA